GUAGCCGCAGGUAAUAGCCAAAUAUUGGGAGACUGUCGUCCUCACAAGACAAGAGUUUUUUACUAAUAAGAAGACGACACGAAUGAGUUGAGUUUUGUUGUUCGGUCGUAGCGCCGGACUUUAAUGUUUUGCAGAGUUUUGUUGUUCCGUGGAGGUGGAAGACACCUGGAAAUCUGUGGGCGGUCGAAAAAAAAAAACUCUUUCUUUCUGAGUUUGAAGCGCUAGCACAAGUUUUCUACCUGAGACUUCCGCGGUUUGCUCGCAAAACAAGUUACCUGGGAUAAAAAAAAAAACAAGACAGUCACUAAGUGUUUCCUCUUAUGCGGUCCCAGGCAUUCUGAGCCAUGCCUGGCCACAGCACAGGGGCUCCUCAGGCGUCCCGCAACCACAAACACCAGAGCUCCAGCUCCAGGUCAGAAAAGAACCGACACAAUCGGACUAUAUCCCGGGAGAGCAACACCAGCCAGGACUCCUACAAGGACCCUCAUGGGGAGCAUCUACACGAGCACCGAAGUGCUGAACGGUAUUCGGAGAACAAGUAUAGUCGAAGCAGAGGCCACCCACGAAAUGGCACGGCACGGGGCUCGGAGACUAUAGGAUUUAUUCCUGGGUCAGCAGACAGCACGCCUGCCAGCAGACAUGCCUGUGGCUCCUGUGCCUCCAUGGGCUGGAGUGGCUGUAAGGCUCUUAUCUGCUGUGUACUGACCUGUGGAUUUUAUGGAAGCCGAGAACCCUGCCUGCCUGUAAACGAGAGCUCCACAGACCAUCCUCCUAAAACAGGUAGCGAGCCUCACCCUCCUAAUGGCAUAGCUGUGACCAACCCCACUUGUGGGAUCCCUUUGGAGCCCAGCAAGCCUACCAAACCCUCUAAGUUGCCUGCGAGUGACAGCUUCCGCUACCAGGAUGUCCGCAUUGCAGGUGAGAGAAUAAAGUAUCCAGUUGUUGUCCCAAAACGGACCCGUACGCCUGGCAAGGGGGAAAGCCAGCGACCUAUCAGCAACACCAGCCUGUUAUCCCGUGAGGACUAUGUCUUAGAUGACCCGAGUGACACAGGCACAGACAUUGACUCUCUUAUCACCAAGAAGCUGCUGGAGCUUUACGCCCUGCACCAGAUCGACCAGCUGGCCAAGUGCACCUCUGACUCCUCUUUCUCCCGCAAGACCAACGAGAUCAGCGAGCUCAUCUACAGCAUCGCGCAGGACUACAACCUGGAGGAGCAGGAGGCCGAGUGCAAGCUGGUGCACGGUGUCAUCCGCAUCAGUACGAGGAAGGGCAAGAGAAACAAGAGUCAUCAGUCGACAGGACAGCGUCCGAAUGGAAGGAGCGACGGGACUCUCCCUGACAGCGGCAACGAGACCAUGACUCUCGUGAGCAGUGACUAUCCGGAGGUGAAAGUGUCGGAGCAGACGCCAUCGGAUGAGCUGGCAAGGAAAAUGAGACAUUACAGCGGGAGAACGUACUCCUCCAGCACCGCCACAGCCUACUCGCCCUACCGUCAUGACAUGGAAACAGACUCUUCAGGCGCUCCUCUGCUUCUCUGAAGGGUGGAAACAAAAGUAUCUAUGCUGACAAAGUGAUGUAGCUAACUAGAUGGACAUUGUUAUUAUUCUGCUAUUAUUUUUUGUGCUGUUACUAGCUGGAGCACCUUUUACCCUGGGCCGCUGUAUUUCUCCUUUUAGUGGUCUGGGUAAUGUUUGCUAUUGGAGUGUCAUUUAAAUUCAUGGACCUUUUUAUCUUUCCAGCAAAUGCUCCACUGAGGAAACUUUUUGUUUUACACACAGGGAAAGAUGAUGCAUGUUUUUCUGUUUUUGUAUGCAGUGUUUAAAAUUGUUGCCAGAAAGAGAAAUAUGACUACACUCCAUGCAAUCUUAGCCAGAGGAAAGAGACUGAUGGUAGAACAUAACCGUCCUCAUUCUUGUCUGUGAUUGUUUAUGCAAGCCAUUGUGCAUGCACUGUAUGGGUUUUUUUGACUCUUGCAAUUUAGACUCCUUAAAGGCAUGUUUUGACCUGAAAACUGCAUUGUUAAGCCAUAUUUUGAUGCACAUAUUUUUAAGUCGAUGUUACUUUCUGGGUUGUUAAACCAUUUUUUUUUGUUUUGUUUUGUUUUUUUAUUAUUAUUCACAGGUAAGUCCUGUUUUUAACAAAAUAAAACUCUCCAUGCUUGUUUAUAACCUUUUCAUGUGUAUUCAAUCAGAUAAUUUCCUUAUGUAUAGUAAUUACGUCCUAUAGUUCUCAUUCUAGCUCACAGAAAAUGUGACACAGAACUUUGCGUCAAGCCAAAUGAAUAUAUUCAUGUCGUUUGAAUGGAAGCAGCUCAGCUAUUUAAUUAUUUGCUCCUGUAUGUCAACAAGUCCUUCCUUCACAUGGUUUUCUGUCUCUUUAGCCUAGUUUACCUCUU